GCUUUGUUCGUCUACUCCCUCUCUCAAUCUAAUAUCGAUAUAUCCAAUCUACUCGGCUUAUAAACUCGUUUUUUAUCCCUUGUCAUCCCCUCUCUCUUUCUCGCCCUUCAAUUGCUCUCGACUUCAGGCGUCCAACUAAAUCGAUGAACAUGUAUACUGAAUAUCAAACGCCACGGAAUAAAGCCAUUCAACAGCUUUUGCGCCAACCCGUCACCGAAGAAAUGAUAGAUUAUGUGACAUGGAAAGCAACAACGGUUAUCCCAUGUACUAUUCCCUCACCACCUCAAAGUAGCUCUGAUCUACAUACUUGGUCAGAUACAAAUGUUGACAUGCAAGGCAUGUCUUCUAGCGAGCCGCUAGCGACACCACCACUCAAUGCUCCGACCGAUCAUACAUAUGAUGCCUCGUCUGCGCCACCUCCACUACCUGGCCAAGUUGCAGUUCCUCCUUUACGUGAAUUCAUCACCAACUUGGUACGUAAGUCUGGGUUACAUACAGGCACUUUUUUGGCGACCUUGGUCUAUCUCGAUCGACUUCGACAAUCUUUGUAUACCGUUGCUAAAGGAAUGCCCUGUACUUGCCAUAGAGUAUUCCUUUCCACAUUGAUCAUUACAGCAAAGUAUGUCAAUGAUACCUCACCUAAAAACAGACACUGGGCGAGAUAUUCGUCAGUUUUUUCAGUUGCUGAAGUAAAUCUCAUGGAAAAGCAGUUACUGGUUCUACUCGAUUUCCAUUUGAGUAUUACCAUGGAUGAAUUCGUUAAGAAUAUUGCUUAUUUCCUAACUCCAGAGGAAACGCAAACACCAGUUUCCCAACAGCGAUACUCCUAUCCUCCCAACCCAGUGGCACCACUCUCAAAACCUCAUCAGUCUCAUCGGUUCUCAUCACAUAGUGAGCCUGACCCGGGAAAUUUAGUCAGAAAUUACUUGACCAACUCCACAGAUGGCUAUCCUAUGGGAUACGCAAGUGCGGCGGUUACUCCCAAAUUUAGCGAUAGCGCAUAUUCCAGCGACGACUAUCAGGAAGAACCAUUGAACAAAUCCGCGCCAAACCUUAAGGCAUUAGACAAUCUUAUCCCGCCUCCACCACCUUCCUAUAUGCCUCAGCAUCAAGCCCACGUUCAUUUUGAGGAAACCCUACUUCCUCAUUACAAUAGUAAGAACCCUUAUCGGACCAAGUACGAAAUGGAUCCGAAACGGCGGUUUGUUUCUGAAGCUGCUCCUCCCAACACGCGUGAAUCAAUCAUGCUCUCUGUCACCAACCAGCCAAAUUCUACUACCCGGGACUCAAGAUCACGGCGAUAAGUUUAAACCUGUAAUUAUAGAUAAAAAAGAUAGACCCGGCUUCCUCUUCCCCAUCACCCCACACCGACACAUUUCAUCUAAAUAGCCAUUUGCACAAUUAUUAAAAAAAGAAGAAAAGAUGAAAAUACCGAAUUGAACGGCAGUAAAAUACAUCAAAUUGUCA